AUGACAAAAGGAUUGCCCGUGAUCGACACCACCAAAGACCUCUCGGCUCUUUUCAUUAAGCAAGUCGAAGUCAGUCCCAAUGCCGUGGCCCUGGAAGAUGGCGACGUUACAUACACCUACGCCCAGCUGGAUGCCGAGGUAGACACGCUCGCUAGGCGUCUACGCGGCUACGGCGUUGGUCGCAACAUCCAAGCCGGCGUACUUUUACCGCGAUGCGCCCAUUACGUGAUCGCUUGUUUGGCUAUUCUGCGUGCCGGUGGUGCUUUUCUCGCGCUCGAGUUGGCCUACCCCCCCGAACUACUCUCAGACGUGAUUGAAGAUGCGAAACCAGUGGUAGUCAUUACACACUCUUCGGAGAAAUCCAAGGUCGUGAAACAAGUACCCGUAAUCUGCAUCGAUCAGCCUCUGUUAGAGCCGAAUGGAAAUGCCAAAGAUCCCGGUCCCUUACCUGCAGACGACGAUUUGGACCGAUUGUGCUUUGUGUCGUAUUCCUCCGGAACAACAGGCAAGCCCAAGGGUAUCGCAAACCCACACCGAGCUCCCGUGCUUUCAUACAAUCUACGCUUUCUCGUGCAAGAUGUCAAGCCCGGCGACCGAGUGGCAUGCAAUGUGUUUUUUAUUUGGGAGAUAAUACGGCCGCUAUUACGAGGAGCUACCGUUGUAGUAGUACCGGACGAAGUCAGCUACGAUCCUGCUGCAUUGGUCGACCUACUUGCCUCGAAGCAUGUCACGGAGACAUUGAUGACGCCAACUCUUCUUGCUACUGUACUUGCUUCUGCUCCAGAUAUUAGAACUCGCCUACCAGAACUCCGCACUCUCUGGUUCAAUGGUGAAGUCGUCACCACUGAUCUUGCCGGCCGGUCGAUGAAAGCCCUUCCCCACACCCGUCUACUAAAUUGUUACAGUGCUUGCGAGACUCAUGAGAUUGCAUGCGGAGACAUUCGUGAAAUGUACGACGAGAAUUCUCUAUAUUGUCCUGUUGGACCCCCUAUGGACCUUGAGCAUACCUAUAUUCUUGACGAACAAGGAAAACGAAUGACCACUAACGAAGUCGGAGAGCUCUUUAUCGGCGGAUCAAUGUUGGCCUGGGGAUAUAUCAACCGUCCAGAGACCACGGCUGAAGCUUUCACUCCCAAUCCAUAUGACACGACUCCCGGUGCUCGCAUGUACAAGACGGGCGAUCGAGCGCGAAUUUUGCCUUCUGGGAUACUAGAAAUCAGUGGUCGAGUGGGUACUAUGAUCAAGCUGCGUGGCUACUCUGUCGUACCAGGUAAAGUGGAGAGUGAAAUCCUGAAACGCUUUGCUGCCUGUGCAUGCAGUGUAGUCGCCCACGGUGAAGGACUGGAAAGACAGUUGGUUGCGUAUGUCGUCCGCGACCGCGAUGCCUCAUCAGGUCGUCCACCUAUCGUCAUUGAUGAAUCUGGACGGAGUCCCGAAGCGCGUCGUGCCCUCGCCCCUUAUCUUGCACAUUACAUGAUUCCAACGCUUUGGGUUGAGAUGGAUGCUCUGCCUACAAACGAAGUCUCCGGCAAAGUAGACAUCAAAAACCUUCCGCCACCACCAAAGCCAGCUCAAGCCAACGGCAACCAUAAACGAACCCUGUCAGAUUCAGUCAGUUUCAAAGAUGUUGCUGCGUUCUGGGCCGCGAUUCUCAAAGUACCACAAGAGAGUCUUAAAGCAGAGGACGAUUUUUUCAUUUUAGGCGGACAGUCAUUGAUGUUGGCAGACUUGUCUUCACGGCUUUCGAAGAAUUACGGUUUCCGGGUGUCUAUUGCACGACUUGCCGAGGUACCUACCCUGGCUGGUCAUCUUACCGCCGUUCGCGCGGCAAGAGACGGUCACAGUGCAGCAGUACAAGCAGAACUCCCUUCUAUCCUACGAAAAGACUCUACGUUAGACGAUGACAUCAGGCCUCAUAAUGUCAACCUCCGACCCAUUGAUACAGCAGAGACCGUGCUCCUGAGCGGAGUAACUGGCUUCCUCGGCGCCUUUCUGCUCAACGAUUUAUUAGAAUGCACUAGCGCACAGAUCAUUUGUCUUGUACGUUUCGGCCACCCGACACUGGAUGGUCAGCCGGAAGCAGUUGCAAGAAUUCGCAAGAACCUGCUAGAUUUGGGCUUGUGGCGUGAUUCGAUCAUGGAAAGAGUAGAGAUCCUCCCCGGCAACUUGUCCUUGGACAAAUUUGGCUUGUCUCACGAGGAAUUCGACGAUUUGGCAUCCCGUGUUCAAGUUAUAGUUCAUGCGGCGGCGACCGUCAAUCUCGUAUACCCAUACGCUGCUUUACAAAAGGCUAAUGUUGAAGGUACGAGAGAGAUCAUUCGUCUCGCAUGCAAGAGCGGUGCAACAUUACAGUACGUGUCCACAAACGGAGUGUUACCGCCAUCGGGCAAGGAUGGCUGGCCAGAAGAUACCAUCUUGGCCGUUGAGGAUGUACCUGAAAAGCUUCCUGACGGCUAUGGGCAAACAAAAUGGGUGGCCGAGCAACUGGUUUUGGAAGCCGGGCGCCGUGGAUUGCCGGUCAAAAUUCAUCGAGCAGGAACUAUUAGUGGACACAGCACGACCGGUGCUUCCAAUGCAUGGGAUUUGCUUUCUGCGAUUAUAGUCGAAUCAAUUAGACUCGGAUAUGCGCCGGAUGUAGAUGGCUGGCGAGCCGAGAUGACCCCGGUAGACUUUGUCAGCAAGUCGAUCAUACACCUUUCUUCCCAAACGGCUGCUCAACAAACUAUAUUCCACUUGGGUGAUCCCGAUCCCAUCACCAUCAGGUCAGUUUUUGAUCAGCUCGAGCAACUGGGAUACCCAACGAAACCUUUAGGAUGGGAUGAAUGGGUAACUUUAUGGAAUGAGAAGCGGGGUACUGUGAAAGGUGGGGACGGUGCGUUUACUGUGGAUAUUCUUCGAAGUGGCAUGCCGACCGUGGACUUCUUGAAAGGCAUUGUCGUCUUGAACAACGCCAAAACAAGGCCUUUCCGAAUUGCAGUAGAAAGACCCAAGGUCGAUACUGCGUUGCUAAGCACCUAUACUCGCCAUUGGUUCGCUAGAGGCUGGUUACCGCGAGCUCCUCGAAAGGGUGUCGCCAUGUCUACAAAGCCCGCCAACAGAUCGCCAUUGUACGGGCGUGUUGCUGUGAUCACCGGUGCGUCAUCUGGCAUUGGUGCUGCUGUUGCUUUGGCAUUGGUCAAGCAAGGUUGUCAUGUCGCACUUGGUGCUAGACGAUUGGAGGCUUUAGAGGCUGUUCAGCGCAACUUUGGUGUCGCUGAGGGCAAGAGUAUCAUACGGGCAACCGAUGUUACGGACAAGAAGCAAGUGGAGGAGCUUGUUCGUGCGGCGACCGAUGAGCUUGGACCUGUUGACAUCCUUGUUUCUUGUGCCGGUGUUAUGUACUUCACCAUGAUGGCGAAUGUACAGACCGAGGAGUGGGAACGUACCGUGGACGUCAAUUGCAAAGGUCUCUUGCAUUGUUUGUCAAGUACUGUCCCGGGAAUGCUUUCCCGAGGAAGUGGACAUAUCGUCGCUAUUUCAUCCGACGCAGGACGAAAAGUGUUCCCAGGACUGGGUGUGUAUUCGGCUAGCAAAUUCUUCGUCGAAGCAACUCUACAAUCACUACGUCUCGAAACCGCCGGUAAGGGACUCCGUGUUACCAGUGUACAACCAGGCAACACCGCCACCGAUCUCCUCAACAUGUCUACCGACGCUGAAGCAAUCAAGAAAUACGGGGAGCCAACUGGAGCUCAGAUACUGGACCCAAGUGACGUUGCCAACUCGAUCAUCUACGCGUUAUCACAACCGUCACAUGUUUCAGUCAACGAAGUAUUGAUUGAACCUAGAGAUGAGCCCAUAUAA